AUGUUACAAUCGAUUACAUCCUACUUAAACAAUGCAACUCACCUAAACUAAGCCUAAAUAUUUGUUGUCUGUGAAUUUAAAAGAAAUAUAAUUAAGAGAAAAGAACAUUCUUUGGAUUGUAGCAAAUGCAGAGAUAAAAGCUACUCUAUUGUAGAAAUUAAAAAAUUCAUACAAGAAGAACCAUCACUCGAAUAAUCUCGAAUUAGAUUUAUCGAUCUGGGAAUAUAAAUAAAAAUUGAUUAAUAGUAUAAUUACUUCAGACACAUUAACCCUAGAAAGAAAAAGACAAUCCUACAAAUCUUAGAUGCAUAUAUUGAUAACUUAGCAUAAGAAGAAACAAAAUUAUUACAAGAUGCCUUGUCCAUCUAUUUUGAUAAUACAUAUUAAGGAAAGGAAAUGGAGAACUUAAUUUGUGGAGAAAAGGAUUAACCAGAACCAUUAUUAUGUCAUAUUUAUAGCUUUAUGAUAUUUGAUAGACUAAGCAGUCAUUAUGCUAGAUAUGAAUAUCUUGAUUAAUUUAAAAUUAUCGAAUAUUUUAAUCAAAGAGAUAAAGUAUUUAUAAAUUUAUAUAUUUAUAAAUAAAAUUUAAGUAAAAAUUAAUAGAGUUAAGAAUGUGUUCACUUUCCAUCCAACUUAACCAAAUUCAUUGACUGA